CUGUAAGACGUUAUUUUAGCUAGGAAAGGUGACAUUUUGAUAGAUACAUUUAAUGACUUGUAUAACUUAUAUGACAUGACAUUAGCAUCACUACCAGUAUCUAGGAUACAUUUGACAUGAGCAUUAUUAAUUAUUAAAUGAAUAUUCCAAUCUGUACUAGUUGAAUUACUUGAUUUUAAAUGUCCAAUAAAUAAAUGUUCAUCAUUACCUUCAUACUGUGAUUCAUCAUUGCACUGCACGAAAUGGAUAUUUUUUGACUUACACAAUGCUUCAUAGUGACCAAUUUUACCACACUUUCGACAUUUGGCAUUAGCAGCUAGGGAUGUCGUAAGUUGAAAAAAAUAUCGAUAUAUCGAUACAUCGAUAUUUUAAAAAAUAUCAAUAUCGGCUUCGAUAUAUCGCGAAAAAAACAUCGAUAUAUCGAUAUAUCGGACCAAUUUUCCCAAAAAUAUAAUUAGGUCAGCCUAGCACAGUAAUAAUAGUUCAAUACAAAUUAUAAUUAAAGAAAGAAUUAUCAAAGUACUAAAUUGCCGCUACACUACAUGACAGUACAGUAUCUCACGAAAUAUGACACGCGGAAUAAUAAUGGAACGAAAAUUAUCUCCCAAAAAAUAGACCCUAUUUUCGAAUGAUGAAAAUGAUUGCAGGGCCUUUCAGGUGCCAUCUUUCGUAAACAAGACUAGACAGUCACACACUUCCACAGAAUAUAAUGGAAAUCAGCACAACCAAUUGACCAGCGAAACAGAUUUACAAAUAAUAGACAAUACCUAAUACAACAUAGAUCAUAGAUAUGUUGAAUAUCAUUAAUCUGUGAUCCAGUUACGAUUUUUCCAGAUACGAAUUUAGUUAGAUCGUGAUAUGCCGCUAAUAAUUAAAAAAAUAUCGUUUUUGAUACGAAUUUCGAUAUUGGUUAUUUUGUAUCGAUGUAUCGAUAUAUCGAUAUAUCGACACAUCGAUAUAUUUUCAACAAGCCUAUUAGCAGCUGGACAUUUAUAGCGGUGAAUCUGCCCACAGCGUCCACAACCAUUUCUUGACUGCGACUUUGACCUUGACUUUGACAUAUUUGAGCCAUGACCAUGACUUUGAUGACUUUGCUUGUUAGUAUAAUAAACAUUAGUGCUGCCCUUUAAUUCAGAUGCCUGUGUCAGUGAUUGCACAAGAGUUUUCGAUAUAGAACUUGCCUUUUCUAAUGAGAGAUCAUCUUCAAGUAAAAGUUUUUCUCUGACAAACUGAUACUACUACUACUAAUUAUUUGCAUGCAAUUAAAAACUAAUUUUAAAUGAUGCCAAAGAAGGAUAACUUCUCACGCGCCUACAUAAGUACACGCACCCAUUUUUUUUUAAAGCAAAUAUAAAUAAUUUGUUAUCGUCGGCCUGACAGGAAAUGUAAAAUUAAUAAUAAUAGUUUAUUUUUCCACAAAGGUAAUGAUUACAUAGCUUAUUAUCACAUAGAUAUGACACAAUUUUGACAUAAUAUUAUAGCUGCUGGUACUUAAAAAAGAAUACUCUGUGCUAUAAGUACCAGCCUCUUUCCAAAUUCACAUCAUUGAAUUUUAACUCAAAAACUUUGACAAUCAUUAGUUUAGGCAAUAUAUAUACAUAUAUGUAUGUGUGUGUUGUGUGUGUGUGUGUGUUUGUGUGUGUGUGUGUUUGGUUAAACCGACUGGUUUAAGAAGUGCCUCUGUUUCUUCAUAAUUUAAUUUUAAGAGCCAAUCUGUAACCAUUUUUUUACACGCAUGUUUACUUUUGUGUAGUAUGUUCAAUUUACUAUUAAUUUUAUUAUAUCAUCUUAUUGCAUCCUAAAAAGUAAUAAUAUUUACGACCAAAAGAAGUUCUGAAUGUUUUAGUAAGUGGAAUUUUAACUUUUCGUCUAGAUUUGUUGCUUUUAACAAGGCUGUUUAGAUUUACAUCACAGCGCCGCUUAAGAAUGAUUAGCAAGAUAAACAAUUUUCGUACUGUCAGAACUUCACAAUACUCAUAAAGAUCCUUCGUAGGAAAGCGGUAAGGCUUAAAGGUACACACUUUUAAUACGGCUCUUUGUGCCCGUUCAAGUCUUAAUAGGUGGGUUUUACGUGCACCACCCCAGGACAAUAUGCAAUAUCCUAGUAAGGACUGGCAUAGGGUAUUCCCUAUGCCAGUCCUAAUACUAUUGUAUACGGUCUUCAAGAUCUUUGGAUCAGCAACAUGUCUUAAAUGCCUAAAGAUAAAGAUAAGUUUGCGGAUUCUUUUAGUAAGUACUUCAAUAUGUGGAAUAAAUGAUAGUCUUUCAUCCAGAAUCACGCCUAAAUAUUUGAUUAUUGGUGUGCUACCCAUUACUGGUCAAAAUUAAAAGAUUAAUUAUCAUACAGCCUUGUCUCAAACCUGAUCAGAAUAAUAAAAUCUAUUAUUUUAGGCCUUCACUGCUUUGUUUUGAUAAAAAUUAGUGCCAAGUAUGUCAUAGUUUGAAGGAGUUUUUCUUUAUUUUUGUAUGAGAAUAAUAAACACGUAAUAAUUAAUAAAAAAAUAUUGUAAAGUUACUGGCUAGUGCGAAAUAUUUAUACACGUUAAGGGCAGUUUCUUAGCCAUGUCCUUUAUUACGUUUGCUCCCAGACUCUCCUCACAACCCGAUUCGGACUGUUGUUAAAUAGCACACAAUUGUAAUUUGAUAACCAGUAACUCAUGCACUUGUGUAUCAAUAAAACGUACAAAUAGCAUUAGUUAUCUUGGACCGAACAUAUCCGAUCUAUCACUUCACGAACCCCAAAGUUAAUUUUUGUUUUCAGCAGACUGAGACCUCUCGUUGAGACAUAUCCCCAGAACUGCAUACUUUUCUUUGGCACAAGUCAAUAAUAUCGUACUGUAUAACGGUUUGGGGUGACUCUUGAAAGUCAAAGAUGUUAGAACUUGAAAGAGCACAAAGGACCAUCUAGUUAUGGCAUUUAAACCUAGUAGGUACUCCACCCAGUUAGUGUAUGCUUUCUGGCAGGUACUUUCUGUCCACAAAUUAUUCGUCCAACAAGUUAUGUUAAGCAAGCAUAUGCUACUACUCCCAUAUGACCCUUGCACCCUAGUAAAUAAAAGCAGGGAAAGACAAUGUAUGUAAAAUUCGAAAUUCUCAAAUAGCUCUACUGAAACAUCAUUAUGACUUCAUUUCUCCCCUUCUCUAUAACAAAGUAAAUAAAAAGUUUUAUAUUUACCCUCUUUCGAAACAUGAAUGUAAAAUCAAAUAGAGCGUGUGGUUACUUGACUUGGAAUAUGACACUGUGGAGGCAUUGAUCAAGUACACCACGCACAUGCACACACAUACCUCUAUCACACAUACAACACAUACACCACAUACAUACACACACACACUCACUCAUACACACACACGCAGUGUAAUGUAUUAUAAAUACCUUUGUUUGUUUCUAAUCAUGCCUGUAAUGUGCCUGUCUUUUGAGGUGGGUGAUAAUAACAGUAACACAGUCUUAGAUUACUACGGUUGUUAACGCUAAAUUGUUAUAUUAUAUUGUCAUGGUUCAGAAAAAAUUAAGAUUAUUAUUAUUAUUUACAAAUUUGUGCCAUUUUAGGAUAUCUUGUAAACGGCAAUAAUAAAUAUUUUUGUAUUGGAGUGUAGUACGCUUAUUGUUUAUAACUGUGCGUACUGUUUUAAUUUACACGAUUUAUAAGUGUCUCAGGUAACUCAAAAUUCACGGCGUAUAUAGGAGCAAAAUGGCUACGUAAUAAAAACUCACUGGAUACAAAAAUUAUGGAAAAUAAGUAAUAAGCAGUUUGCAAAAAGGGUAUUUGUGUCUGGUGUGUUUGAAAUGAAUAUAUAGAUGUUGUUAUUGUAUUUUUGUUUCGUUAAGUAACUUAUUUUACUAGUAUGUGGUUUUUAUUGGUUUUUAAGUGUUAUGCAAAUCCGUAGUAGAUAGGCAGAUUCAAAAUUCAUUUUUAUUCGUUCACAUUUUUCACGACAUAACAUUAAACAUAAAAUGCAAUUCAGUAAAUUUUUCGAUUGAUACAGAAUAAAAAAAAUCGCUGGUCAUGAAGUAAACAUGUAUUACUCUAUUUUAUUUUACUUUUUGUUCACACAACUCAAAUAUUUUUAAUUUGCACAGCUAAGCACGGUGAGGGUAUGUCGUCAGAUUCCAGGACUUGCUUGAAAGACUCACCUGGUACUGAUAGCGCUACAGACAGUCAUUUAUUAUUACCUAAACCAGAUAAUACGAAUUUCUUAAGCCCAGAUGCUUUGAACUACAGGAGAGGUAGCAGGAGGCCGUCUAUCUUGCCAGUUCCUGAUAUGGUAACAAGUAGCUUAAAUAUAGCUUCUGAUAAUCAAGAUGAUGAACAUGAUGUUGAUGAAAGCGAAGACGAAUUAGAAGACGACGUUCCAUGGCGAUCACCAUCUGAGAAAAUUGCACAGUGUAUUCACUCCUAUAGACAGCAGACCAGGAUCACGCCAGCUGCAUGAAAACUGCACAAAUCAUCAAUGUUACAUGAUCGUUAAAGGAUUUCCACCUGUAUCACCUUUUAUUGGAGUAAGUCCAACUUUGUGCUACUUACUAAAAGAGAAGAAGCCUCUGUGUUGUUUACAACUGGCACAGGUGUGUGAACACUGCGCUUAUAGAAACGCCAAAGAGUACCAGUGGCAGAACAAAACCAUAAUACUCGCUGCUGACUAUGCCUCCAACGGCAUUUAUAAUUUUAUAAUCCCUCUAAGAGCACACUUUAGGUCCAAGACUUCGCUCAAUCCUAUAAUUCUUUUGUUGGAACGAAGACCUGACAUAGCAUUUUUGGAUUCCAUUUCAUAUUUUCCUUUGGUAUAUUGGAUGUUAGGUAGUAUAGACUGCUUAGAUGAUCUUCUGCGAGCCGGAAUAACUUUAGCUGAAAAUGUUGUUGUUGUCAACAAGGAACUAUCAAAUUCAGCAGAAGAAGAUAGUCUCGCCGAUUGCAACACCAUAGUGGCUGUACAAACGAUGUUCAAAUUUUUUCCAUCAAUAAAAUCAAUAACAGAAUUGUCUCAAUCUUCAAAUAUGCGAUUUAUGCAAUUUCGGGCACAUGACAAGUACGCAUUGCAUCUGUCUAAAAUGGAAAAGCGUGAAAAGGAACGCGGGUCUCAUAUAUCUUACAUGUUUCGGUUGCCAUUCGCUGCUGGUUCCGUAUUUUCAGCUUCUAUGCUGGAUACAUUACUUUAUCAAGCAUUUGUCAAAGAUUAUGUAAUAACGUUUGUUAGACUGUUGUUGGGAGUGGAUCAGGCUCCUGGAUCGGGAUUUCUCACUUCGAUGAAAAUAACAAAAGAAGAUAUGUGGAUCCGAACAUACGGUCGGCUGUAUCAAAAAUUGUGUUCCACAUCAUGCGAAAUCCCUAUAGGGAUAUAUCGAACUCAGGAUACGAGUCUAGCCGAUCCCUCCCACCACGUGAGUAUGUCGCCACGGACCCCAACAAACUGGUUUUGGUCACGCCUCGCGAGAAUGCGACCAUCGCGUUCGCGUGCAUCGUUGCAGCAGGAGGUGGGCGAGGGAGCUGGUUUCCCGGCAUGCGGCCGCCGAGAGACCACCAGCUGCCUAGGUGGCUGCUAUGGAGAACGCACGCCGGCGUAUUCUACAAGUCUCGCAGACGAAGCAAGAGAUAAUCAUGCACAGCAAAUAGAAAGAGCUGAGAUAGCGAACCUCGUAAGGUCGAGAAUGGAAUCCCUUAAUCUUACUGGUAUUGACUAUGAUGACGUCAGUGAGAAACGCAACAGUCUAUCAUACGUCAUAAUUAAUCCAAGUUGUGACUUAAAUUUACAAGAAGGCGAUAUCAUAUAUCUUGUAAGACCAUCACCGUUUUCGGCCCAAAAAACAUUCGAGCGUCAUAACAGUCGAAGAAAAUCAAAUAUUAGUUUUUGCUCACAAGCACUGAUUCAAGCUCAAGGGGUAGCAAGCAGAAGAGGAUCUGGAAUUGGGUCUAGUUUUGCGCAACCUCGCGCUCCACCUUUAUCGACAACUAAAGCCAAUUCUUUAUCCUUACCUGACAGUCCUACAAUUAUAACAGACUUUAGAGGACGCUCGAAUUCACUUCGAGUCGUAGAUGAUAUUCUCCUAAGAAGAUCAAAUUCGCUGAGACAGGGUCUGAGUGGAGUAGGUUCUCGGCGUAGAAAAAGCAGUUUAGAAGAAAUUGGAAUAUCUCAUUUUAAUUCUCUUCUGCAGCAUCAACAACAGCAGCAGCAACAGAAUGCAAAUGCAAUAAAAAUUGCGCUGAACGGUAGCAUAGGCUUAGAAGUCACACCUCCAGAGGAAAGUCCACCGGAGAGACUACCAGGACCCAGUAUUCCCCUGAGUGAAUAUCAGGAAGUAGCAGCUGCUUUGCCCUCAACAUCGAUGGGCCCGAUUCUAACGCCCACACCGACUCCUGAUCCUCAGCAUCUGCAAGGGACAAUUGUAUGAUACCACCUUAUGUGGGGACGUCGACUGAGUUCCGUAGUUAGAAAUAAAUGGACUUAAAUAAACCCGGGUUCAAAGUAUUAGAUAAUACAAAGACAGAUAAAGAAUAUCUCUCUUUUCCAGAUAUCAGUGUCCAUCGUUCAAACGGAACUUAUCUAUCAAAAAAUAGCGUCUCUACAAGUAGUGUAUAAUUUAUUAACGUAAGUAAUUAAAUAAUGAUUUAGUGGUGUAGACUGGUGGCAAAAGAGCUGUGUAAUGUAAGAGGGAUCAAUUAGUUUCUACUUAAAGGGGAUAGUAUCAGCAUACAGCUGUAUGUAUAUAUAUAUAUUGGAGCUAUAUUUCCACUUAAACUAUAGAUUGUAAAUAAAAUUAAAGAUCUAAAAAAAGUGUAUAUAUCUGAAAUUAUAUACCGCUUAACUAUUUGGUAAUAAAAUUUUCUAUCAGUUACUGACCAAUUCCAUAGUUAAUAAUCUGAUUUCAAGCAGUUGAUUAAACUACACACAUUAUAUCCUUAGAUGAUUCCUUGGAAACCAAAAUGUUAACAACAUAGUGACAAAAAGCAGAUAAUAAAGUUAAUGUAAUC